AUGGCACGCACUACUGCACUUUCGUUAUUUGCCCUCCUUUCCGCCGUCGGCGGCGUUUCUGCGCAGCAAUCCUGCAAACUCACUCCCUUCGACGCAGCUUGGCCGUCUGAUGCGGACUGGUCUGCCUUGAACACCACUAUUGGAGGCACGCUUAUCGGUACCAAGCCCAUCGCUUCGUCUUGCUAUCCUGGCAACUCGUUUCAUUCUCCCCAGUCCUGCGACGAGGUCAAGAAAGGAUGGGGAUACUCUGACUACCACGCCUCCCUCCCCGAGUCCAUCGACUACCCCUUGUACGCAAACAACUCAUGCCUGCCUCCAGGCGCGACUGGAUACUCUGCGUCCAAAGGCUGCGAAAUUGGCGGUUUGCCGCAGUAUGUCGUCAACGCAACCACUGAAGAGCAGGUUGCUACUGCCAUGAGCUGGGCCAGCAAACGCAACAUUCGCAUCGUGGUCAAGGGAACAGGGCACGAUCUCAACGGACGAUCCUCCGGUGCCUAUGCCCUGUCGAUCUGGACCCCCAACUUCAACAAGCUCGAAUUCGCACCUGAAUGGAGAUCUCCGGGCGACAAUAGUACAGAGGUUGCAAUGAUCGUCGGAAGUGGAAAUAACUGGGGCGCUGCCACCCGCGGUGCGGCCAAGUUCGGCAAGGUUCUCGUCGGAGGCACUGUUGAAUCUGUCGGCACCGGAGGGCAGAUCCAAGGAGGUGGCCACGGCCCUCUUUCGAGCACGUUCGGUCUAGCGGCAGACCAGAUUCUGCAAGCCCGUGUCAUUACGACGGAGGGACAGAUCCUUGUAGCCAAUGAUGCGCAAAACCAGGACCUCCUAUGGGCUAUCCGCGGCGGCGGAGGAGGCCAGUACGGCGUCGUCACGGAGUACGUCCUCAAGGCGCAUGAUAACCCUGGCAAUGUUGUCUCUCUUGGUAUCGAGCUGUCCACGGAGAGGAACGACACUGAAGCCAAGGAGGCGACGUGGCGCAGUCUUGCGACUCUCCUCGCUAGCGUACCUGAUCUCAUGGACGCGGGUUUGACGGGAACGGCCAUGUUCAACAGGGAGGCUUCGGCUACCUCUGCAAACGCGACACGCAAAGUCUCUGGUUCUCUUGGGUUUUUCGCAUACAACACCACAACCGAGAAAAUGGUUUCGCUGCUCGAACCCGUCAGAGCCCGCAUGCUCGCCGCAGGUGGAGGCAAUGGCACCGUUUCUGUUCAGCUUGGCAAACCGUCCACGCAACCUGAUUUCAUGAGUUUGUUCGAAGGCGUCAACGCGUCGCCUAGCGCAGCUGGUCAGUAUAGUCUCAUGACCAGCCGCCUUUUGGGUCGCAAGCAGCUCUGCGAUAUCCCCGUGUCGACUUUGGCAUCUUACCUCAAGAAGAUCCUAGCCUCUCAGGACCCAGCAGGCGGCGGCUUUGCGGUCAUUGGCCUUCAGGGCGGAAUCGGUCCUCGAAGUGUCCCGGAGAAGAUGCGUGGUGCGGUCAAUCCAGUGUGGCGGUCAACCUACAUCCACAUGAUGAGUUAUGUAGCGACGUUGGAUACGACUAUUGCACCAAAGGAGGCACUUGCCAGUGCAGCCGAAUGGCUAGAGGAGACGAAAGAGUCCGUGUGGCGUGAAUGGGCGCCAGGCUCAGGCUCUUAUAUGAACGAGGCCAACGCCUUCAACAGCAACUUCAAGGAGGACUUUUACGGAGAGAACUAUGCCCGUUUGCUCGAGAUCAAGCGCAAGUAUGAUCCGACUGAGAGCCUGUUCGUCCUUUCAGGCGUUGGAAGUGAUGCCUGGGAGUAUGACCUCAACAGUGGCAAGCUUUGCAAGACGGCCUGA